UUGCAGUGCAUACCAUGGCGCCCGUUGCCAGCGAGCGGGGAAGAGUGGGCCGAAUCAGAGAUCCAAUUAUGAGGGCAUCUCAAAAAAUAAGGUCACAAGCGCCAUCAUAGCUUUGCGAGAGAAUGCUAGAAGUAACAGGCUGUUCCAUAGGCCCGGCGUGCCCGUUCAUAUCUCAUCCUAUUCUGAUGUCUUUCGGCGUGUUGUACUGCUACAACCUCGCCAUCGUGCAGCCGAUUACGUGUGAAGGAGCACGUUUCUUGCCUAGGUACUGCCACUGCCUGUUCUGCGAUGUAUGUAUAUUUGGAGCAUGGGUGUUUGCCCCAUUCUCAACUGAUGUCCCCUUUACUCCAAACCGGACUAAACAACCGACAACGUUCCUCCUUGGUGAUUUUCCCCGUCCCAAGUCCCGCACUGCAGGCAUCAAAGCCAUGGUCACGUCUAUCAAUGAGCAUAUCACUCGUUCACCUCUAGUCCAGGCGGCAUUGACCUCCACACCUGCUUUUUGAUUUCCACCCGCCCCAUCCUAUACCAUCCUGCAACUUAGAUUAGGAUAACGUUGUAGGGUAUAGCAUGCUCUUACCUUUUGCCUCUGCAGGCUCCCUGACAAGUCAUGUCGUCCUGUCCUACACUAAAGGAGGGUA